GAGAUGCAUUAAGAGCAAGGGGAGAUCGAAAGGAUGAUGAGUUUGCCAAAUCGCAUCAUCAGGGACGGACAGCGCCUUCGAAAUCCUUCAUUGUUUUUCUCCUCGGUUCAAUAAAUCGCCAAUGAGCGCUCGCCCGUGCCCAGCUGAGCUAUGAAACGGCUUCAUUCGUGGCUGCGAACCGUGAUCAGUGCACGUGCGGAGACAUUAACUGCAGAUCCCGCGACGAUCGACAACGCAACGAGAUCCUCUUCCGGUGCCGGGUAUCAUUCCAACAGUCGGGAUCCCGACUGUGAGUCGCUGGACGGUGAGCAGGCCCUUGCCAUCAUCCGCCGGAACCUGAAAUCGAGCGCGAUGGACACGGAAGGUACGCACUUCGAUGGCAGCUAUCCGCACGUUUUCGUCGUGUUUGGAGCAUCGGGUGAUUUGGCGAAGAAGAAGAUCUACCCUACGCUGUGGUGGUUGUUUCGCGAUAAUUUGGUACCGUCCGACACAAAGUUCAUUGGGUACGCUCGCAGCAAGCUCUCUGUGGCCGAACUGAAGGAGAAAUGCCGCCAAUACAUGAAGGUGAAGGAGGAUCAGGUGGAAAAGUUUGAGGAAUUUUGGUCACUAAACUUCUACGUCGCCGGAAGCUACGACGCGCGGCGUGACUUCGAGCUGCUCAACCAGGAAAUCAGCAAGUUUGAAGUGGGACGUGCCGCAAAUCGGCUGUUCUACCUGGCGCUGCCACCGUCCGUGUUCGAAUCGGUAACGGUUCACAUUCGCAACACGUGCAUGGGCGAAAAGGGCUGGAAUCGCAUCAUCGUCGAGAAACCGUUCGGUCGCGAUGCACACAGCUCGAACGUGCUGAGCGCUCACCUGGCGAAGUUGUUCAACGAGGAGCAGUUGUACCGCAUCGAUCACUAUCUCGGCAAGGAGAUGGUGCAGAACUUGAUGACAAUACGCUUCGGCAAUCAGAUAUUCAGCCCGACCUGGAACCGGGCGCACGUGGCCUCGGUGCUUAUCACGUUCAAGGAGCCGUUCGGGACGCAGGGCCGGGGUGGGUAUUUCGAUGACUUUGGCAUCAUCCGGGACGUGAUGCAGAACCACCUGCUGCAGAUCCUGUCGCUGGUGGCGAUGGAAAAGCCGGCCACGUGCCACCCGGACGACAUCCGCAACGAAAAGGUGAAAGUGCUGAAAAGCAUCAAGGAGCUGUCGAUCGACGACGUGGUGUUGGGUCAGUACGUCGGGAAUCCGGCCGGUCCGGAUGAGGACUCGCGGAUGGGCUAUCUAGACGAUCCGACGGUGCCGAAAGGCUCGGUAACGCCCACGUACGCGCUAGCCGUGCUGAAGAUCAACAACGAACGGUGGGAUGGCGUGCCGUUCAUACUGCGCUGUGGAAAGGCGCUCAACGAGCGUAAGGCGGAGGUCCGGAUCCAGUACCACGACGUACCGGGGGACAUCUUCGAUGGGAAACCGAAGCGAAACGAGCUGGUCAUUCGCGUGCAGCCGGGUGAGGCACUGUACGUGAAGAUGAUGACCAAAUCCCCCGGUAUUACGUUCGAUAUGGAGGAAACCGAGCUGGAUCUGACGUACGGCCAUCGCUAUAAGGACGUCGCGUUGCCGGAUGCGUACGAGCGGUUGAUACUGGAUGUGUUCUGCGGUUCGCAAAUGCAUUUCGUGCGAUCGGACGAGCUGAGUGAAGCGUGGCGCAUUUUUACACCACUGCUACACUACAUCGAGCGCGAGCGGCCGGAACCGAUCAAGUACAUUUACGGUUCUCGCGGGCCAAAGGAGGCGGACCGGAAGUGCGAUGAGAACAACUUCAAGUACUACGGCUCGUACAAGUGGCAUCAGAAGCAUUGAGAGCGCAGACGACUGCCUGUCGAUAGGGGCACAGGAGACGUUUUACAGGAUGUGUUUAUUGUCGAAUUUAAGACAUUAGCCUCGUAGAAGGAUAGUUAUUUAUUUAUACACGUGCACGUUAUACAUUCUUCUACUGUUGUAUCAUUCCUUGUGGUUGUUGAUAACAUUUUUUCGGAUGCUCGUUUACAAAAGCUAAGCAAUGCAUUUUUGGAUUAACAAUGUUUUUUUAUAAUAAAAGAU